AUGUUCUCUUUUAACAAGGCACUGCAAAGCCCUGCAGACCAUAUACUCCCAAUAUUCAGCCAGCAACGCCCUGUCGUGCCUUGUUUUGUCGCUAAGUUUGGUUAUAAUUUCCCAAUCAGACCAAACUUAGCGACGAAAGCGAAGGAUAACUGCGACUUCGAACAGCAGAAUAAGCACCUGCUGUUAGUCGCCGUUAUCCUUCUCUGUCUACUAGAAAGCUGGGACAAAGUUUCCCAGCUAUCUAGUAGAAACUCAAGGUUAUGGGGUACUAAUAUAUAA